CAAGUUGCCAACUUCGGCUCAGUGAAGUCCUGAAGCUUGGCCUCGGCAUGUCUUGGGAUGUCGCGCUUCCCGCUCUGGGGUCCGACUCACUGGUCUCCGGAAGCGGAAGUGUGAGCUUGCGUGGCAAAGACUGGGACGCGCGCGGGCCGCUUCGAAGUUCCGCAGCUUCUGGGGACAGCACGGAGGGCCGAGACGAGGGCCGGGCCGGCAGCAACGCGUCCAGCUCGGACUUCGAGUUCAAGACGGUGCCCGGGCUACAGGAGAGCAGCGACAGCCGCGAGUCGGAGCCUGCGACGUCCGUGGCCGGCGAUGAAGGCGCCGCGACGAUGAAGGCAGCCCACGCAGAAGGGCAGUGCAAGCCUUGCCGCUUCUUCCUCUUGAAGGGUGGUCGAUGCCACUUGGGCUACGCCUGCAGCUUUUGCCAUUUCUGCACGCAGGAGCAAGCCAAAGCUGAGCAGAAGCGGCUCAAGUAUCAGGAUCGGCGCGAGAAGCGGCAAGGCUUCAAGACCAAGAAAGUGCCGGAGGAGAAUUGGGUGUUUGAGUGCUAGUAGCGCAUUGGCCAUCGGAGUUCCCUUAGAGUUUUGCCAGGGAUCUCUAGAUUCGAUCUCCAGCGUGAGACUCGCGACUCGCGACUCGCGCGGGAGCUGGGAGCCGGAGUUGCGUAUGAGGCCGGUUGCCUUGUGACAAUCCAGCCAGGGCUGUGCUUACAAGUUGGGUAUGGG